AUGGUACUGGUUAACCGUAACCAGGAUCCCAACCAGGUGGUUCAACAAGUUCGACACGACUCAACUGUAGGGGAACAAGACCUAGAGGCUAUCAUCGAACGGAUCAUAGUGAGAAAUGAAGUAAGUUCGUGCCUCCAACGGCCGACAUACUCCUCGCCUCUACCAGAUUUUGUCUUACAGACAGAAUUGCCAAGGGGAUGGAAAGUCCCUAAAUUUAGUAAGUUCGCGGGGGAUAGUGAAGAAUCCACCAUCGAACAUGUAGCAAGGUACCAGACCGAGGCUGGUGACAUAGCAAACAACGAGGACUUGAAGUUGAAAUACUUCCCAAGUUCUCUCACGAAAAAUGCGUUUACCUGGUUCACAAUGAUACCUCCUCAGUCGAUCCAAACAUGGACACAGUUGGAAAGGUUGUUCCAUGAACAGUUUUACAUGGGACAAUCAAAGAUCGGUCUUAAAGAACUAGUGAGCGUUAAGAGAAAGGUCGCUGAGUCAAUUGAUCAGUACCUGAACAAGUUUAGACUAUUGAAGGCGCAAUGCUUUACUCAAGUCCCUGAACACGAACUAGUCGAAAUGGCGGUUGGGGGUCUAGAUUAUUCUAUAAGGAAGAAGCUGGACACCAAGUACCUUAGGGAUAUGGCCCAAUUGGCCGAUAGGGUUCGACGUAUCGAAUGUUUGAAAGCUGAAAAGUCUAAGGCGGGUCGAUAUCCUAAAAAAGAGAAAGUGUCAUACAUCGCAGUCGAAUGA